UGUCAUCGGGGUUAAAGGUCAUGUGUGACACCAAGACAGACGGCGGUGGAUGGAUCAUCUUUCAGAAAAGAAUCAACGGUAAAGUAGAUUUCUAUAGAGGCUGGAAGGAGUAUCGUAACGGCUUUGGAGAUUUCAACAUUGGAGAAUUUUAUCUGGGGAAUGAAAAUACUUUUGAUAGAGAUAAUGACAAGAAGAGUUGGAACUGUGCACAACACUAUUCAGGUGCUUGGUGGUACAAUAAUUGUCAUCCUUACUCUCUUAACGGGAAAUGGGGAAGUAAAACAUUAGGCCAAGGAUUGCACUGGUAUAGUUUAACUGGACCUGAGAACAGUGUUUCAUUUAGUGAGAUGAAACUGAGAGAAAGAAAGUAA